GCUAAGCUCUUCUGGAACCUCCAAAGCAGUGGGACAGACACAAAGUGCAUGGAGUGAGAGGGGAAAAAAGGACAGUGAGGAAACCAUUAAGGAACUUCAUAAACACAUCUAUUAAACAUUGUGUCUUUGAAUAAGAGAGAAAAUAAGCCCUGGACCUGGAUCUCAGUUCUAAUAAAGAAGCUGCAAAAGGAAAGAAAGUAAGAUUUGAGAGUUGAAGAAGGAGACAAGAGCAUGCAGUUGCAAGUUAAAUAUCUCUAGAACAUCUGGAAACAUACAAAAUGGAAAAGAAGGAAAAAUUAAUGAGUUAUGAAGAAGCCAUCAACAAGGCAGCUGGUGCACUCUAUCGUUUUCCACUGGUUGAUGUGCAAGGGGUACCUCUUAUGAACUGGAUAGCUCAAAACUGGAGCGCCAUUUGGGCUUUCCGCCCCGAUCCAUCAGAUAUGCUCAUCUCCACCUACCCUAAAGCAGGUACCACAUGGACCCAGGAAAUAGUAGAUUUGCUGCUACAUAACGGAGAUGCUGAGAUUUGCAAGAGAGCUCCAACUAUUACACGCUUCCCUUUUCUAGAGAUCAAUUCUCCUCCUCCUAUUCCAUCAGGACUGGACCUACUAAAAAAAAUGAAACCUCCCAGAUUCAUCAAGACACACCUACCGAUACAGCUAGUGCCAGAAGGAUUCUGGGAAAAUAAAUGCAAGGUUAUUUAUGUGGCUCGAAAUGCUAAAGACAACCUGGUCAGCUACUACCACUUUGACCGAAUGAAUCUGACUCAGCCAGAACCAGGUCCAUGGGAAGAAUAUGUUCAGAAGUUCAUGAAGGGAAAAUUGGCCUGGGGCUCUUGGUAUGACCAUGUGAAAGGUUACUGGAAAGAAAAAGAGAAGAGGAAUAUUCUUUACCUUCUCUAUGAGGACAUGAAAGAGAAUCCUCACAGAGAAAUAGUGAGGAUCAUGCAGUACCUGGACCUGUCUCUAUCAGAUGACAUCAUUGAUAAGAUUGUGGAGUUGACAUCCUUUAAGGUUAUGAAGGACAACCCAAUGGCCAACUACUCGUUCAUCCCAAAGGCAGUGUUUGACCCCUCUGUAUCUACUUUCAUGAGAAAAGGGGAGGUUGGAGACUGGACCAACUACUUCACACCAGCUCAGUCCCAGAUGUUUGAUGAGGACUACGCCAGGCAAAUGGCCGAUGUGGACGUUCCUUUUCGCACCUUAAUAUGAAAGACAAAGUGAUCUAUAUGAAUCGGAACCUGUGCUGAGAUCAACACUUCACUAAACACAGAUGCACAAAGAUAGUUUAGACUAAUGUGACAAAUCUUAUAGAAAGUAUUACUUUAUAAAGGAUUUAUGGAUUUAUGAAGGAACCUUAGCAAGCUCAUUCAAUAUGUCAGAGUUUGUUGAUUUAUACUCCUGUACUAACCUUAUUCAUUAUGACUGCAUAUAUAGCAAAUUUCUUAUCUGAACUCGACAGGGCAAAAUAUUUGUAUAUAUAUUAUA